AAUUCCUCCAAUAUUGAUUGAAGCACCUCUAUUGGUACUGAUGAUAAACUCGGACAGAUGAUAAAGUCGACCACCUACGAAUUAUUCGAUUGCAAUCGGUUAUUUAUAUAAUUGAACACCCCGUGUAAUAGCAAUCACUUACAAUACCAACUGGUGUAAACAAAAACAAAAUUGUCAUCUUGUGGAAGUGUAACAUUGGAAAAGAGGUAACAGGUGAAAACGACGACUAUGGAAAUGGAAGCAGAGAGGAAAAAGGCAGAACAGAGAAGGAAGAUAGAGUAUCAAGUAGCAUGUGAGGAGAGAGCACAUAGAAUAGUGGAGAGACUUAUAGAUAACCCAGUUACUCAGGAACAGUUGAUUAAUGCUUUACAUUACAUCACCCCGAAUCACUACGGAGAUAUUGUUGAGGAAAGAGCUGUCGCAAAGCAGUGUGGCUAUCCACUAUGUCCUAAAGAUUUGUCAGAUGUUCCAAAACAGAAGUAUGUAAUUUCAACAAAGACCAACAAAGUGUAUGAUAUAGAGUCAAGGAAGAAUUUCUGCAGUCCACGAUGUUAUAAAGCUUCAAAACAUCUGGAAUGUCAGAUUUCCAGUGAUCCAGUAUGGUCAAGGAAAAAUAUGCGUCCAACUCAGUUUGACAUCUUGGCUCUGGAUUUGAAAACAGGAAAGUUGGGAGAUGAAGUGAUUGUGAGUAAGGCAGGAGUGAUUAGGGAUGAUCUUAGUAGACUUGAGAAGCUUGAUAAGUAUCAGAAAAACCUGGCAGAGAGGAUACAUGAACAUAAUGUAGAUAUGGAAGAGGAAGAAAGAGCUAGAAGGUCUAAAAGUGAAAAAAAUGAGAAUGAAGAGUCUGAAGUAGGAGAGAAUGCUACAGAAGAUGGUGCAGUUGUUUACACUUUAGACAAGACAAUGAAUGAACUAAGUUUAGAAAGAAAUGAUAGAGAUGAAAAGGAUGGAAAACAAAAUGAUACGGAACAGUUGAAUGAUGACAUGAAAAGCAUAAAUGAUUCAGAAUCUUGUAUAGAAAAAGCUUCUGGAGACAAAGUUAAUGCUGACUCAAGGGAGACUGUGGAUGCUCAAGAAAAUAACAUUCAUAGUGCAGUGAAGUCAACUGGCUCUAAAACCUCGAAAAGAAACAAAGAAGCAGGUCCAAGUAAAUCAAAAACUGAUUACUUAAUGCAGUUACUUGAUAAAAGAAAGUCUUUGCUAGCUAAAAUGGCUGAUAUUCAAAAUGAUAACCCUAAGGAUGAGGGUAAACAGAAGCAAGAGUAUGAAGACAGAAGAGUCAGAGAAACUGUAGCUGACAAGGCUAGAAGAGAUGACAAUGUUGCAAGAAAAAAGGAAAAUAUAACCUUAGUUCCAGAAGGUACUAAAACUGAAUUACCAGAUCUCUCUGCAAAACAAGGAGAAUCUGGGGAAAUCAAAACUUCAGAAAAAAGUUAUUGUAAAACUGUAGCAGAAAAGAAAAAGGAGAAAGACAGUAUCAAGAAUUCUGUUAAAGAUGAACAGAAAAGGACAGGUGGUGUGUCAGCAUUAGACUUAAUCUGUAAAGGUGUUCAGUCAUGGAUUACUUUAAAGUCUGUAGAGCAUUUGAAAGUUGCUGAACAAGAUGAGAAAAAACUGGAGUGCAGUACAGUAAAUAAGGCAUUUGAGAAACAAUAUCAGGAUCUUGUUGCUAAAGUUGAUGCACAGGAGAAAGACUUUGAUGCUUUGCUAGGUGAGGAGACAAUGACCUCGGACCAUACAGACAGGCCGUCUGCUCCGCUACCUCAUUUUGAUGUUCUAAGGGAAGAAUUGGAAGCUGACCAAAUUAGAGUGCAGGAGUUUAUGAAGGGAUCCUUUACUUAUAAAGUGAAAGAAAAACAAUCUGGUGACAAGGAUUUGGAGGGUUCCAGCAUAGUUGUUUUACCAACUGUGGACAGAUAUGAUCAGCUGUUGAUCAGACAGAGGAUUGUGAUUGACAGAAUAAGCAAAGUAUUGCCAGAUGUGUUGUCUCCUUUACAUUUGUUGAUACAGGAUGUAUUUACUGAACUGAGAGAGCUGAUCUGUACAUUCAAUUUGACAAGUGACAAUAUUACAUUUAAGCCAGCAGAGUGGACCAUUGUUACAGUGAUACUACUCAGAAUGUUAUCAAGAAGAAUGAUCACAGUCCAGAGAAGUUUUACCAGUCCAGGAGCCGAGAAAUAUUUCACCCUGUUGUUGUCCAGUAUUGGUGCCGGUAUAGACAGUGUAGAUGGGAUAGUGAACAAUUUGUUGAAAAUUGAGAAACCUAGAAAAGUCAGAAUGAUUUCUGUGGAAUAAUACAAUGUGAAUUUGAAGAGUACUUAAUUUCAGAGUUCGCCGCAGCAAUUUGAAGUGUGUCAGUUGUAUACGGAAUAAAGAAAAAAAGAUA